AUGUUCAGUCGCAAGUCCAAGCUGAAUCCUACGCCAGUGCUCCACACCGCCUCCAUCCCUCGUCCAAGGCCACCACCACCACCACCACCACCACCACCACCACCACGCAGCCACUCCAACGACUCCAUCGCUUCCCACAGCUCCUCCUCCACCGACACGUCCGAAGAAGAGGCAGCUCAGCGCGAAGCUCAUCUGGGCGAACAAGGUGGCGCGCCUCCAAGCGUGUUCAGACCCGCAUUCAGCUGCUUUGCCCUGCUCCUCUUCAUCGCCGCGCUGCACGCCAUUGCCCAAUGCAUCUUUCUCAGCGGCUUCCUCCUCAGCAGGGUCACGCUCGAUGGAGUCGCCUCCUGUCCUCACCAGAGUAACCUCACCUGGUCACCACCACCACCACCACCUCCUCCUCCUCCUGCAGCAGCAGCAGCAGGCCAUGACUCGCUGGAUGUGAGCGCAUGGCAGCAUGAGCUGGACAAGCUUGCCGAAUGCUCCCUGCCCCCAACCAAGCGCAGAGCAGUGCUGCUCAUCAUCGACGCUCUCAGGUGGGACUUUAUCGCCGACACUACGCCCGCACACAACGCAUCCGCAUCCGCAUCAGAGUGGUCCCCCAAUCCAUACCAUCACGGCAUCCUCAAUCUGCCAUCAUCGCUGCAUCGCCAAUCCACAGGCCAAAGCCUCUCCUUUCUCUCCCACUUUCAUGCCGAUGCUCCCACCACCACAUUGCAGAGGCUAAAAGGCUUGACCACCGGCACCCUUCCCACCUUUAUCGAUGCCGGAUCCAACUUUGCAGGAUCUGAAAUAGACGAGGACAAUUGGCUCUCCCAGCUUCGCAACGCUUCCCUCUCCCAGUCUGGGCGCGCAGCAGCAGCAGCAGCAGCAGCAGCAGCAGCAGCAGCAGCAGCAGCAGCAGCAGCAGCGGGCGGUAGAGCCGGAUUGGCAUUCAUGGGCGACGAUACGUGGUCAGCAGUGUACCCUAGUCUGUUCGACAAAGACUGGACAUUUCCCUACGACAGCUUCAAGGUGGAUGAUCUGGACACGGUCGAUCGAGGCGUAGAGUCGCGUCUGCUGCCGUUCUUGCAGGGUGCUAGUAGUAGUAGUAGUAGUAGUGGCAGCAGCAGCAGCAGCAGCAGCUCGCGUCCCCAUGCUCCUCCACCUCCUCCCGCCGAUGCUGCUUCUUGGAGGCUGCUGGUGGCGCACACGCUGGGUGUGGAUCACGUGGGUCAUCGCUUCGGUGCGCAUCAUCCAAAGAUGAGGCACAAGCUGCUGGAGAUGCAGAGCUUCUUGAAAGAGGUGGUGGAGCACUUGCCCAACGAUGCUCUGCUCAUCCUCGCCGGCGAUCAUGGCAUGGACGAUCACGGCGAUCAUGGCGGAGAUGGUGAACUGGAAGUCGGCGCUGCGCUGUGGAUCUACGCCAAGCAUGGGCACACAGACGGGGAUGCAAAGCAGGCAGAUCGCGUUGCAUCCCACGCACGCGAAGUGCAAGCCCUGCUGCAUCGAUUGGCUGCAGAUGCGAGCAUUUCGCAUGCUGUGCCUCCCUUUACCGCAUUCAGCCCGCUGCCGCAUCCUCCUCUGCACAGGAGCGUCAGUCAGAUCGAUCUGGUGCCCACGCUCAGCCUCUUGCUCGGCCUACCCAUCCCUUACAACUCUCUCGGAUCCAUCAUUCCUGAACUGUUCCCCCCAACAUCUGCGUCGGACGAUGUGCUCCUCAGAGCUGCUCGCAUCAACGCCAACCAGAUUCGCAACUACUUGUCCCACUACUCUACGCGAUCCAACGAUCUCAAGCCUUUCCAGCAGGAGCUCAGCAGCGCUUGGCAUAGCGCCAUUCGUGCUGAUGCCCAGUACGCCCAGGUGCUCGUCGGCAAGGGCAAGGGCAAGGGCAGCAGCGAUGCCGAGCGCGCCGUUGCUCGGCAAGAAUGCACCUUUGCCUACCUCCGAUUCACGCGCAUCGCCUUGGGCAGAGCCAGAAGCGUUUGGGCCCAAUUCGAACUGCACAAGAUGACGCUCGGUCUGGUCCUGCUUGUGCUCAGCUUUGCUACGCUCUUGCAACUUCGUUGCGCCUCUCAUUCGGGUUUGAUCUCUGGUCUUGCGCGGAUGGACGAGAGAGUGGAGCAAUCGGCUGGCAAGCCCCGUGGAAGCGUGCGGAUCAAGAGUCGGCUGGUCGUCAAGCGCACGCAGGGUAUUGCCCAGCUCGCAAAAUUCUCCCUGGACCGCAUCGUUGCCGGUGGUCGAUCAGGCGCAGUCGUGGGUGUGAUUGUGUGGGCAUGCAAGGCGUAUCUGCCUGGUUUGCAACUCGACUUUGUUCUCGGCGGACUGGGUUUGGCAGAUUUGACUCUGGCAGGCUUGUCCAUCGGCUCUCAACUCUCGCUGCUCAUCUCCCAAUCCAGCACCUGGGCAGCUUCGCCCAGAUGGUCCAUCCAUGCCCUUCUCGGUCUCCUCUUCCCACUGCUCUACGCUGCGGGCUUUGGCAGCGUCAAAUUCGUCAUUUGGGAAGACGCAUUCGCCAACGCUUUGCUCAUCCUGGCGCUGCUCUCGCGAGCAGCUUACGCGUACGCGUACGCCCCGACCAGAAAUCUCAAGAGGCGGCAGAUUUUCCUCUCGCUUGCGCUGGCUGGUCUUGCGAGGCUUUUGGCUCUCGUCAGAGUCUGCAGAGAAGAACAAGGUCCGGACUGCGCCUCUACAUUCUACGCGAAAAAGGGCAGCACUCUGAACAGUCCUUUGGCCGUUGGCGCAGCUUAUCUAUCUGCUCUGGCUUUGCCUGCCAUCAUCGGCAAGGUGCUGGAGCUGUCCAAGAGCAAUGCAGGGUAUGCACCCGCCUUUGAGAGCUGGUUGCUCAGACCUACCCUAUUGCUUGGAGCUGGGUACUGGUUGUUGGACUGGACAACGACUUCCGAGACGCUUGCUCUGCCGCAAUCCACCAUCGCAUGGCUCCAAUGGCUCAUGAGAGCGAUGGCGCGGGUAGACCUGAUAGCUGUGCUCAUUCUAGGCUUGACCAUUUGGGCCUUCGCACCGCUAGCCCUGGAGCUCAAAGAGGAGGAAAUCACUGUACCCGCUAGGCCGGCUUCCUCUGCUCAAUCCCACGCUCCAACCAAAAGGAUCAUCGUGCUGGGCUUUGCCAAUAGUCUAGGCAGCUCUUACCUGUUGGGGCUGUGUCUCGUCCCGCUUGCGCUGCUCUUCUUGUUUGCGCAACCCAUGGGUCAAGUCGUCCUGUCUGCGGGAUUCUUGACCGUAGUGGCAUUCGCAGAACUAGGCGAUGGCGAGCGAGAUGGUACCAUGCUUCGAGAAAAGUUGCUAAGGGACGCCAAUGCGAAAAGGACGGAGGAGAAAAGGGCUUUGGCAAGCAAAGACGAGCCUAUGCAUGCUCCCCUCUCCCUAGCGCCUACAAUGCUAGAAGUCUCCACGCUGGGCCUGUUCGCAUCUCAACUCUUUUUCAACACGGGUCAUCAAGCCACAUUCCCCACGAUUCAAUGGAGAACAGCUUUUGUGGGCUUCGAAAGCGUAACCUAUCCAUUCGCCCCCUUGUUCGUCUCCUUGAACACGUUUGGUCCCUUGGCGCUCCUACCAGGAUUGAUGCUCCCUCUGUUCGUCCUGUGGAACCUCAGCCCGCGGCCUCGAGUGGGACCGGGUGCAAAUGCGGGCAAACCUGCCGCCGCCGCUGCCAAAUCGCCCAGCAAGGCCGCUUCGAAUACGGCUAUGCGCACAAGCACGAUCAGCAUGCCCACCUUUACCCACCUCUUUUCCGCAUUCCUAGCCAUCGCACUGUACAACACCAUCCUCUCCCUCGGCGCCACCUUUUUCGCCUUUUGGUUCCGCAGACACUUGAUGCUCUUCAAGCUGUGGACGCCCAGAUACAUGCUCGCUUCCGUUCAGCUCCUUGCUGGAGACCUCUCCGCUUUACUAGCCACGAUGGCCACCGCGAUUGUAGCUUCCAAAGUCUCGACGACAUUUGGCAGCGCUUUCGAUUGA